AUGGCACCCAACCCACUUAUUACCCACCUCUACACUGCCGAUCCAUCGGCCCACACCUUCAACAACAGACUAUACGUUUACCCCUCUCACGACCGCGAAACUGACAUUGCCUUCAACGACAAUGGCGACCAAUACGAUAUGACCGACUACCAUGUCUUCUCUAUGGACUCUAUUGACGGCCCUGUGACGGAUCAUGGGGUUGCUCUCACCGCUAAGGAUGUGCCCUGGGUAUCCAAGCAAAUGUGGGCGCCGGACGCUGCCGCCAAAAACGGGAAAUACUAUCUCUUCUUCCCGGCCAGGGAUAAGGAAGGUAUUUUCAGAAUCGGAGUUGCGGUGGCAGACACGCCAGAGGGACCCUUCGUUCCCGAGGAAGACUUUAUUCCGGGGAGUUACAGUAUUGACCCAGCCUCAUUUGUCGACGAGGACGGGCAGGCGUAUCUGUAUUUUGGUGGGAUAUGGGGCGGCCAGCUUCAAUGCUGGACUGAAUCCGAGAAUGGCCUUGUCUUUGAUGCUUCGAAGACCGGUCCACAUGAACCAUCCGGGGAGGGCGUUGUGGCUUUAUCGCCGCGUGUUGCUCAGUUGAGCGAUGAUAUGCUCACUUUUGUCGAACCGCCUCGCGAUUUGCAGAUACUUGCGCCGGAGACUGGGAAGCCCAUUCUGGCUGAUGAUCACGAGAGGAGGUUCUUCGAGGCGGCUUGGAUGCAUCGUUAUGGUGGAAAGUACUAUUUCUCGUACUCGACCGGAGACUCGCAUUAUUUGGUCUAUGCGACGGGUGAUUCGCCGUUUGGUCCUUUCACGUACCAAGGUCGGAUUCUGGAGCCUGUGCUUGGAUGGACGACGCAUCAUUCAAUUGUUGAGUUCCGUGGGAAAUGGUAUUUGUUCUAUCACGAUUGCGAGUUAUCCAAGGGUGUUGAUCAUCUGCGUUCUGUGAAAGUUCGCGAAAUUGUUUAUGACGAGGAAGGGAAAAUCAGCUUGGCUUGA